AACCUGAUACCGGUUCAGCAUUAUCUGUUCCGACGUCGACUUGUCAAAAUGGACGCUCCUAUGGCCAGAUGGAGGUGCAAAGUUGCUGUGGUUACUGGUGCCAGUUCAGGCAUUGGGGCUGCAAUUUGUGAAAAACUUGUCGAAGAGGGUAUGCAUGUGGUCGGCAUAGCGAGAAGGAAGAACCUCAUCGACGACCUCGCCAAGAAACUCACCGAUCGCAGAGGCAAGCUGCACUCCUUCCAGGCCGACCUCACCAAGGAGGCGGAUAUCCUCGCCGCCUUCGACUGGGUGCGGUCCAACCUGGGGCCCGUCCAUGUACUGGUCAACAAUGCGGGCAUGGUACAGAAUACCACGCUGAUCGGCGGGGAUACGGAGAAGUGGAGGAAGACCUUUGAUAUAUCAAAUGAAUCCCUCCUAUAUUUUCCAGACAUGCAAAAGAACAAUAUCGAUGGCCAUAUCAUCCACAUCAACAGUAUUGCUGGUCAUAAAGUUCCUCAGACGCCAGACUUCAACGUCUACACUGCAUCCAAGUUCGCUGUGACUGCUUUGACAGAGAGCCUUAGAGUAGAACUCAAUAGUUUGAAAAUGAAGACAAAGAUCACGAGCAUAAGUCCUGGAGUAGUCGCUUCCGAAUUCAUAUUGGCCAGCGGAAUCCAGGUGGCCGAAGAAGUUGCAGCAGGUUUACUAACGUUCCUCAAGCCUGAAGACAUAGCUAACGCAGUGGUGUACGUUUUGGGAACACCUCCUCACGUACAGGUAAUUAUAUUGAAAAGGAAGAACCUCGUCGACGAUCUCGCAAAAAAACUGAGCGAUCGCAGAGGCAAGCUGCACUCCCUCCAGGCCGACCUCACCAAGGAGGCGGAUAUCCUCGCCGCCUUCGACUGGGUGCGGUCCAACCUGGGGCCCGUCCACGUGCUGGUCAACAAUGCGGGCAUGGUACAGAAUACCACGCUGGUCGGCGGGGACACGGAGAAGUGGAGGAAGACCUUUGAUGUCAACGUGCUGGGGUUGUACAUGAAGAAGAACAAUUUCGAUGGCCAUAUCAUUCACAUCAACAGUAUUGCUGGUCAUAAUGUUCCUCAGACGCCAGACUUCAACGUCUACUCUGCAUCGAAGUUUGCAGUGACUGCUUUGACAGAGAGCCUUAGAGUAGAACUCAAUAGUUUGAAAAUGAAAACAAAGAUCACGAGCAUAAGUCCUGGAGUAGUCGCUUCCGAGUUUAUAGUGGCCAGCGGAAUCCAGGUACAUGAGUUGACCAUCAGACCAGUGAACGACCCUUUUUAAGAACAUCUUAUCAAGACGGCGGAACAAGAAAAAUACUAAUCACAAAACAACUCACUAUUAUCUAUGAGAAACUAUACUUUUGAUGUAUUAUUUUAUACAUACACAAGUGAACUAGUAACAGAAAAUAAAAAGAAAUCGUUCUGACUUUCAACAUUGAAAUUACAAAAAUGAUUUUGUCUA